UACAACAACCCAUGUGCACUAUCUUUACUGUCUGGAAGCCAAGAAUAAUUUGUGGCAGUGUCUCUCGGGAGAACCAGAAGCAGUGUAUGAGCGGUUCGUUUCCAGCAACUGAAAGUCCUGAUUACCCGGGUCUAUCAGCCCUCCCACGGAAUUGUAACAUGUUGACCGGUAGAUAUCUCUAUCUCUCUUCAGAUUAAAAGCAUCAAUAUAUGGAUAUGCUCUUAGACAUACAGAGUUGACCCAGCAGGAGAAAGUAGCCAGAGUAGCUAAACCCUAAGAAUUUUGAAUGAUGAAGAACACCAUUGUUCUGUAUCCUUCUUCAGGUUUAAGCCACCUUGUUCCCAUGGUAGAGAUUGGCCGACUCCUGCUCGCUAACUACCCUUCCUUUUCCAUCACCAUCCUCAUUGCCACCCUACCUUCUGACACCGCCUCCACUGCCACAUACAUCGCUUCCAUUGCUGCCACCACCCCUUCCAUUUCCUUCUACCACCUCCCCACUGUUUCUUUUUCCAACCCGUCCGGUUUUCCAGCUCUAUUCUUUGAAUUUAUAACCCUUAACAACAAUAAUCUCCGUCAAACCCUAGAAUCCAUGUCCCAGACCUCAAGUAUUAAAGCCUUCAUCAUUGACUUCUUCUGCAAUACCUCUUUCGAAAUUUCGGCAAAUCUUAACAUCCCAACAUACUAUUUGUGUACUUCAGGGGCAAAUGGGCUUGCGAUGUUCCUUUACCUCCCAACGAUUGAUAGACACAUUACAAAAAGCUUGAAAGAUGAUCUCAACAUGCAUAUCCAUGCCCCGGGAACACCAUCCAUUGCAGCUUCUGACAUGCCCUUGGCGUUGCUUGAUCGCAGGACUGAAGUCUAUCAAUACUUCAUUGACACCGGAAAUCAGAUGGCUAGAUCAUCUGGAAUCAUCAUAAACACUUUUGAAUCGCUUGAACCAAGAGCUAUUAAAGCGAUAUCAGAGGGCUUCUGCGUUCCAGAUGUACCGACUCCUCCAAUUUUCUGCAUCGGGCCAUUGGUCUUGAAUUCGAAUCGAGCUGGUGGUGGCGGUGAUGAACAUGACUGCUUGGGCUGGCUCAAUAUGCAGCCAAGUCGAAGCGUCGUGUUUCUGAGUUUUGGUAGCAUGGGGUUGUUCUCAUCGGAGCAGUUGAAGGAAAUCGCAACUGGGCUAGAAAGAAGUGGAGUGAGGUUCUUGUGGGUGGUGCGGAUGGAGAAGCUCAAUGGAGAAACACCUCAGCCAAGCUUGGAUUCAUGCUUGCCAGAAGGGUUCUUGGAGAGAACGAAAGAUAGAGGUUAUCUGGUGAAGUCUUGGGCACCACAGGUGGCGGUGCUGAGUCAUGACUCGGUUGGCGGGUUUGUGACUCAUUGCGGGUGGAAUUCGAUUCUGGAAUCUGUGUGUGCUGGAGUGCCUAUGGUGGCAUGGCCUCUGUAUGCAGAGCAAAAGAUGAACAGGGUGAUCUUGGUGGAGGAAUUCAAGGUCGCUUUGCCGGUGAACCAGUCGGAAAACGAUUUUGUGACUGCGACUGAGUUGGAGAACCGAGUGACCGAGUUGAUGAAUUCCGACAAAGGAAAAGCGUUGAGAGACCGAGUUAUAGCCAUGAGAGAUGGUGCCAAGGCGGCCAUGAGAGAGGACGGAUCAUCUCGGCUUGCACUAGCCAAGUUGGUUGAGUUAAUUACACGAGCUCCACCGACUUGAAAAACUUUAACUCAGUUGUAAUUAAAUUUGUUAAUUACAAUUAUAUUUAAAACAAAUUACAACUUUACCAAAUUA